AUGGCAAUCAAGGCGUUGUCAGAAUCAACAAUUCAUCUCUUAGGUUCUUCUCAAGUUCUUACCACACCUACGUCUCUCAUCAAGGAGCUCAUUGACAAUGCCCUUGAUGCCAAAGCUACAAGUAUUGAUAUUCUUAUUUCUCAAAAUACCAUCGAUAAGAUAGAAGUUCGCGAUAAUGGACAUGGUAUUCAAUCCGACGAUCUUGAUGCGUUGGGGAGACGCGGCCACACUUCCAAAUUGACCACAUUUACGGAGCUCAGGAAUGUAGGUGGCAGAAGUCUGGGGUUUCGGGGAGAGGCGUUGGCAUCUGCUUGUCAACUUGGUGAUGUCUCGGUCACCACAAAGAUGGAUGGCGAACCGGUUGCAAUGUGUGUGGCUUUAAAGGCACUAGGUGGUAUCCAAUCACAAUCUCGAAUUUCUCAUCCGGUUGGAACAACAGUCUGUGUGAUGAACUUCAUGUCGAAGUUACCUGUUAGGAAGCAAACAGCCCUGAAAGAAGCACCAAAAACGAUUAGCAAAAUCCAAGAGCUGGUACAGAGGUAUGCUCUAGCACGACUUUCCAUUAAGCUUACCCUGAAGAUUAUAAAGGGCACUAAGGGUGCAUGGUCGUAUACACCUCGUCCACAUGGCUGCAUCAAAAAUUCAGUGUUUCUUGUUGUUGGUCGAGACGCUGCUCUACAAUGUUCUGAAGCAUCAAUAGUAUUUCCCGAAUUACCUGGUCAUGACUUUGGUGCACGCGAGGGCGCGGUUGUCCCAGCUGAUCUCAACAAUCUUGCAAAUGGGCUGGUGACUUCUCACUUUCGCCUUGAAGCCUUUCUCCCCCGACCUGAUGCAGAUCAAGGUAAAGUAGGAAGCGGACAAUAUUUAUCCGUUGAUUCCAGACCAGUAGCGUCCGAAAAGGGGACCAUGAAGAAGAUUGUGACCAUUUUCAAGAAAUAUCUUCGAAGCGGGUUGGCAGAGCCUUCUUCAGAGAAGAUCAAGAACCCCUUCAUGCGUCUCAACAUUGUUUGUCCUGAAGCAAGUUACGACCCAAAUGUUGAACCCGCUAAGGAUGAUAUUCUUUUCGAGAAUGAGACGCUCGUGCUGGAAGUGGCGGAGAAAUUGUUCAAGAAUUUCUAUGGAGAGUGCGGUGCGGUGAUGUCAAGACUAGAAAAGAACAACAUCGAGAGUAACCCCAAUGGGUUCGAUGUCCUUCUUGCCCGAAAGCCUCAGCAGAAUUCUUCAACGCCUUCGUCUAUUUUCGACGCGCCCGAAGACACUCCUUUAACCGCUACCUCUAAGCCAAAUAUCGUGUUCAAUGCUUGUCCCGUGACUACUACCGUUGCCUUAAAGUUGGCAGAGUCCGAAGACUAUGAAAUUCCCGAGGAAUCAAGUGCCCCUGGGAAGCGCAGAUGGGGAAGUGAUAUGUCUCACGACUACACAGAAUAUACAGAUGAUUUCCGUUCUCCAUUCUCUGUUGAUAAAACGCCGAAGCAACCUGGCUUGAAUAGCAAUUGGCGAUCUGGUUCAACGAAUUUGAAUCCUUGGGUCAUUGCCAAAAUGACUGCUCCAAUUCAGAAUGGAACUGCCACAAGUUCUAGCAACAUUAACACAAACUCAAGCUCAGCAAUAUUACUCAACUCAGUUGAAAACAGCCCUUUCCAAGAUGAGUCCCCCCGGCCGGCUACUACUGCUCUCACACCUUUGCAAAACCGCCACGGCGACAAUAUCAAUGCUAGCAUGGCAGAGAUCCUACAGUCGCACUCAGACUUUAGGAGACACAUUCACGGUGAUUCGAUGCAGCCGGGUAAGUUCUCUAAUCCAAUCACUGAGCAUGAUCUUCCCGAAAUUCACCACCGGCAUAAUCACCUGAACAAUAAUGGAUUCACCACGGCCACGAAUUUUGUUGAAAACUCUUUAAUGUCACCUCCCAACACAUCUCCAAAUAUGCAACGGCAAAAACAAACGAGAGCUCGAGGAUCAAAUCUGCCAUUCGUACCUCCUUUCCGAACACCAAACUGUAGCGGUGUAUCGGUUGGUCGUGCUCAAACACAGCUAGCGCUUUCUUACCAGCCCUUUCAAGUACAAAGAGAGGCACGUCAUCCACCUGCUGCGGCUACAAAUCCAGCCCCGGAAGCACAACAGCUGAAUCCUGAGCUAGAGUGGGCUAUGGACUUUGAACAUAGAAAAGAGAGCGCAACUCAACGUCGCAGAGAUGAGCUUCAAGCUAUGCGAGAGGCAUUUCAACAGCCACCCGCUACAAGUCAAGCUUCUUCACGGCCAUCUCCUCACAAGAAUCGUUACAAUGCUGCUUUAACCAGUCUUGAAACAUCCCAAGAGAAUACGAGGAUUUCUUCAGAGUCAAACAACGAAAGUGUCAACACCUCUCUUCCAGGUAGUGAUCCACGAGGUUACUUGAUCAAGCGACAGAAAUCGUUUUCUGUUUUGUCUAGCAUCACGGGAGGCCCCCGAAAGUUGAAGCGGGCCCAGACAUUACGCCUUCCCUUGGAAUCGAUACCCGGAGACUUACAAACUCAUCGACUUGUCCAAACGGUGCAGAGUGACCUUGAUGCAAUCUCAAAGCUUGCCAUGGAGACAUCGAAGGAGGAUACGUAUGUUCGUCGUGGAACGCAAGCAUCUGGCCUUGAAAUGACUGCUACAGAGAAAGAGGCUACGGGAAAGAAACUGUAUCUUGUUUCCCAGGUAUGGAUGAACUCUGAUAGAGGAGAGAAGUGUGAUAUUGAAUUUGUAUUUGGUGGACCGAGUUCGCUUAGCGGUGCUUAA